AUGGAUUCAUUCUUCAGCCUGUUCGACCCCUCAGAUGGGCAAAAUAAACAAAAAAAGAGACAUAAAAAUGACCAGGAGAAAAGUAAUGAUGCUCCUAAAGGAAGACGUCGCGGUCGCCGCGGGCAGGGUAAACACGAGACAUUGCCAGAGGAGUCCUCAUUCCUCUGUGAGCCACAACUCAGCACGGAAAUUCUUGUCAAGGACUGCAGCUAUAUUGAAAACUAUAUUGAAGUUAAUAAUAAGGACGAUGAUUCUAAAGAAUCGGACAAAAAGCCGCGUAGGCGCAACUCGAGAAGGAAAUCUCGACGGAAAAACAAAAUAUCGCCUGGAAAAGAUCUCUUGCCCGGGAUGGCUUGGCACGAGGAAGCUAAUUGUGCGGGCGAAAAAUCAAACCUGAACAAUCAAUCAACGAAGUUAAAAACCACAGACGAAAAGCUCGGAAAGAUUGUAAAUAACCUGAAAAAUUUGAAAAAAGACAAGAGAAAAGACGAGUUUGAAAGAGUCUAUAAUGUAAUAGAUAAGCUGGAGAAAGUCGGGAUCAAAGAUAAUAUGUAUUUGAGCGGUGACUUCGAUGACGAUAAAUGGGAGAGUGAUUUCUUCUAUAGCGAUGACGAUGAAGAAUUCAGGGAUGAUAGUACCUCGGAUGCAGAUGACACAGGUGAUGAAUACUUCGGAUGCCUACCCCCAGAGCCAAGGUUUGGUAAUGUGGAGUACAAGCUGCAACUGGUGUCUCCUUGUGAGAGAAGGUUUCAGCAUUUGGUCACCCAGUUGAAAUGGCGCCUUCGGUCGGGUGGUGGGACAGCCGUGUACGUCAUAGGGGUGAGGGACUGCGGGGCCCUGAAGGGACUGAGAGCGAACGCCUUGAGGGCCUCUCUGAGGGCGCUGAGAAGGAUGGCGAGCGCCAUCGGUGCAGUUUUAGUAUCGGUGCGAGCGAGACGGGUAGCGCCCAAUCGGGCAGUCGCCGAGGUUUAUAUACGGAAGUUGGCAGAUACUCAACAAAGUGUAGAACUGAGGGUAGCCGUGAUGGGUGCGAACGAAGCGGGAAAAUCUACCCUCAUUGGAGUUUUAACUCAGGGUGAGCUGGACAACGGCCGAGGCAGCGCUCGACUCAACAUGUUCCGACAUUUGCACGAAGUGAAGAGCGGGAGGACCUCUUCCCUCAGUCACGAGAUUCUGGGGUUCGACGCUCAGGGCAACGUGGUGAACUACGGGUGUUCGGAGCUGAUGACGGCCGAGCGCAUCGGAGAGAGGAGCGCGAAGCUGGUCUCGUUCUUGGACUUGGCGGGUCACAGCAAGUACCAGCGGACCACCGUGCACGGGCUCACGGGCUACUGUCCGCAUUAUGCCAUGAUCGUGAUCUCGGCCACCGCGGGCAUAACGAGCAUAACAGAGGAGCACAUAGGACUCCUCCUCGCCCUGGAUAUGCCUUUCUUCGCCGUGAUCAGCAAGUGCGAGUUGGCCAAUGCCGCCGUGGGGCCGUUGGUGGAGAAGUUGAGGGCUCUUCUGGCGAACGCUAAGAAGAAACCUCUAUUAAUCACUGAUGAGAAUUUGGCGCGAAACUGUGUCGUGCCCCAGAAGUCUAUACUCGACACCAUAGACGAUACGGACCAGAGACAAGAUGAAGAGGAAGUGGAACAAAUUCCCGUGUUCCCCGUGAGCUGCGUCCGCGGCGUGGGUUUGAACGCCCUCCACGCGUAUCUGCUGGCCUUGAGACCGCCCGCGGAGGACGCUCAGCCCAGUUCUGUAGAUACGGAGAGUUGCGAGUUCCAAAUAGACGAGAUCUUUCACGUGGGGGAGUCGAGCGGACCCGUGGUGGGGGGGCUCGUGGCCAGGGGGCGGCUUCUGGAAGGGGACGACCUCAUCAUUGGUCCAUUAGACACGGGUGAAUUCGUCGAAAUCUCGGUGAAGACGAUAUUCCGGAACCGCGUUCCUUGCGGUUCGGCCAGAGCGGGUCAAUCCGCGUCGCUGGGCCUCAGCCGGGAUCCUCCCAACCUUCGACCCGGGAUGGUCCUUUUGACUCGGCCCGGGCAAUACCGGACGGGGCCGAGGCCGGUGUGGGGGUGCACGGAGAAUUGUACGAAGACGACGCCUCAAAUAAUACCAAAAACUCAGAACCAAGAGAAAAAUAGUAAAAACGUGAAGAGAAAAAACAAUUUCCUUCAAGAAGUGACAAAUUUACAAAAGAUUUUGACAAAAACGCUGCCGUUCGACAAAAACGUCAACGAAUUGGACAAAAGCGGCAUCGACACGGUGGAGAGCGUCGACGAGCUGUUCGGUGAGGAUUUCGACAAGUCGACGGGCGAGAGAGAGGAGAGCGGCAAAUGCGCCUGCGCAGGUCGAGUCUGGCUGGAAGACCCCAACGACCCGAGGGGCUGUUUGUACUUUCAGGCGACGGUGCUCCUGAUCCGCCACUCGACGGCCAUUUACCCGGGAUUCCAAUGCUCGGUGCACGUCGGGAAUGUUCGGCAGACGGCUAUUAUCGAGGGCAUCUUGGCCCCGAACAGUGUGGUCAGGGCUGGAGAGACAGCUUCCGUGGUGUUCCGCUUCGCCCGAUGCCCCGAGUACCUGCUCACGGGACGGAGGCUGCUCUUCACUGCGGGGCUUGGGACCAGAGCAAUUGGCCGGAUCACACAAACCUUUCCGUACAUACCUUGA